AUGGCGAGAACAAAUUUGGUUACAAAAAAUAUACAGAAGUUGCUGCUUGUCAGAAAAUAUAGUAACUUAAGUACUCAAAAUUUAUGGACAAGAGAAAACAUUGUAAAUUCACCCUUUAAUGAUAUACAGUUGCCUUCACUCAAUGUGACGGAAUAUAUUUGGCAAAACUUGGAUAAAUGGGCUAACAAACCGGCAACGAUAUGUGGUAUUACUAACCGUUCUUAUACGUAUAACGAACUUUACAAAUAUUCCCGUAAAUUUGCUGUGAAACUUAGAACACAAUGGGAUAUAAGUGAAGGGGAUGUUACAUGCAUAAUGAUGUCUAACAAUCCAGAGUAUGCGAUAGUCACACUUGGAUCACUUGAAGCAGGAGCAGCUGUUACCACUAUAAACCCUCUUUAUACAGUCCAUGAAGUUCAAAGACAAUUACUACUCUCCAAUCCGAAGAUUGUAAUUGGAAGGCCAGAAACAGUUGGAGUAAUUAAAGAAGCGUGUAAGAAUGCCAACAUGAAUUUGCCUAUCAUAGUAGUGAAAAACACACAUGAAAAUUUGCCUUCAGGAACAAUAUGUUUUCAUGAACUUAUUGAUGACGCAAAUGUAGACUUUAGUGUUUUGAAUACAAUUGAUAAAAAUAUUGACGAUAUUGCUCUUAUACCAUAUUCAAGUGGAACAACUGGCAUGCCAAAGGGUGUAGAACUGGUCCACCGAACGUUGGUAACAAAUUUUGUGCAACAAGAUGCUGAGGGAAUCAGACAUUAUCAACAUGCCACAGACUCACAUCAAGAAUCAUUAUUAGCAGUUCUACCAAUGUAUCACAUGUAUGGUCUAGGCAUCAUUCUAUUACAAAAAUUAACAACCGGCGCUAAAAUUGUUACAUUACCUAAGUUUGAAAGAAAAACAUUCCUGCACGCGAUUAGGGAACACAAAACAAGUUUGCUGCAUCUUGUACCACCAUUAGCAUCAUUUUUGGGAUCUCACCCUAGCGUUGAAGACGAAUAUUUGUCUCAUAUUCAUACUUAUAUAUGUGGAGCUGCGCCGCUGCCAAAACAAGAUAUUUUUCAAGUACUUGAAAAAUCAAAGCCGAACGUAGAUUUUUUGCAAGUUUACGGAUUGACUGAAACAUCAUCAUUGGCGACAACCGUACCACCAGAAUCAAAAAAUUACACUUCAGUAGGUGUAGCCCUGCCUAGUACUAAACUGCGAAUUGUCGACUCUGAUGACAGAAAUUUGGGGCCGAAUGCAGUUGGUGAAUUGCUAAUAAAAGGACCUCAAAUUAUGAAAGGAUACAGAAACAACCCAGAAGCAACUAAAGCUGUUAUAACAGAUGAUGGAUGGUUUCGUUCAGGUGACUUAGCUUCUAUUGAUCACGCCGGUGUAGUCACUAUAUGUGAUAGAAUAAAGGAGCUCAUUAAGGUGAAAGGUUUCCAAGUCGCUCCAGCUGAAUUAGAAAGUGUACUUAAAGAACAUCCCGAUAUCUUAGAUGCUGCGGUAAUUGGUGUUCCAGAUUCUAAACUGGGUGAAGUACCUAAGGCUUUUGUGGUUCUUAAAGAUGGGUGUAAACAAGACUCCAUUAAUGUCAAAAAAUUUGUAGAGGACAGGGUUGCAUCCUAUAAAAGAUUAAGUGAUGUUGAAUUUAUGAAGAGUUUGCCAAGAAACCCUUCUGGAAAGAUUUUGAAAAAAGUUCUCAGAGAAAACUGUGCUAAAUUUUGUUAA